CGGGGCCGCUCGUUGCGUGCUUUCCUUCCCCGGGGACGCGGCGGCAUGGCCCCGCGCUGCGGCUCCACCAGCGCCCUGCUCUUCUUUUUCGCCAUUAGCCGAGCGGCGCUCGCAGUAUCAUUUUAUGGUGCAAGUUAUGUACACUUCAGUGUUGCCGAAUCGUCCUCCACAACAUCACUGCAAUUACGGUUUCGAACAAGUAGACCAACUGGAUUACUUUUUCUUGCUGCGGGAUCAGAAAGUUGUUUUUUGGUAGAAUUACAUUCUGGAAAUAUACAGGUGAGAAUAAACCUUGGAGCUGGCGAGAGAGUUCUGUGUUCCCAGAGGAACUCGCAGCUGAAUGAUUCGGCAUGGCACCUUUUGGAAGUCCAUCAUGAAAAUGAUGAUGUUUCAGUGGCAGUUGAUAAACAUCAUCAAGCUAGGACAAAAAUGCCAGGUGUUCUGUUUGAACUGAACAUCCAACAUGGCCUCUAUAUUGGUGGCAGCGGCAGCCUGAAUGUCUCUUGCGUUCACAGUGCACAAGUUAAUUUUCGAGGGUGCAUUGAAGAUGUGAUAUUUAACAAGCUCAGCAUCCUAGCAUCCCUCAGACCUUCUCCGAGAUUAAAAAAUGUUCACAAAGUGUCACUGAGCUGCAGUGAUGAGUUUUUUGCUAGUGAAGAUGAUCCCAUUAGUUUUUUCAGCUCCAAAUCCUAUGUUUCUUUUCCUUCAUGGAAUAUCCAGGAGGAAGGAAUCUUGGAAUGUACAGUGCAAACCGCAGUUCCAAGAGGCUUGCUGCUUUAUAGUUCUGGGCAAGUGGGAGAUUUUGUUGCAAUAGAAAUAGAAAAUGGUCUGAUUAAAGCUCAUAUUGGAAAGGGGAAGAGUAAAAUUCAGCUUUCUACUCUUAGACUGGUCCAUGGUAACCAGUGGCACUCUGUCAAACUAAAAUUUUCUGCAAGAUAUAUUGAACUCACGUUAGAAAAAGAAACAGUGAAAAAGUUACUGCCUUUGAACAGUAAGCUUCCUGUUCUGAAGGGCCCUGUUUAUAUAGGUGGAGUAGAUGACCAUAUACGGGUAGAAGUUAUGAAACUAGGAUUAAGUUCGUUAUCUGGGAAAUAUGCAUACGGAGGAUCCUUCAGAGGCUGCAUGAGAGAUUUGAAAAUGAACUUGGAAAAGAAGUCCUUGAAGAAUGUUGUUGUGUCUAAGGAUAUUUCAGUGGGAUGCAAAAUGGAGAGUUCUGUAGCCUCAGAAAAACAACUUGCUGGAACAGAUGUAGUGCCUAUAUCUGCUGUUGGUCCUAUGGAUUCCAAACUCCACAAGAAGGACAGUUAUGACCAUUUUUUGAUGGUAAACAACUUGAUAGUUCCAGAAGGUGGGCAAGCCACACUUGAAUCUAAGCACAUUAAAGUAAAUGUGGAAUUCAAGAAAUUAGGGAUUCGUCAGUCACAAAUUCUUUUUAAAAUUAAAGAACAGCCUUCCCAUGGCCAGUUGAGGUUGGAUGUUGAAGCCGAACAGGAGGAGGAGUCCACAUUUACCAUGCUAGAUUUGUGGCAAGGCAGAGUUCUCUAUAUGCAUGAUGGCUCUGAAGAAGGCUAUGAUUAUUUCACUUUUGCCAUUUCUACAAGCAGUAAAAAAGAGAUGCCUCUAUAUCUGCAAGGCAAGAAGGACUACAUGUUUACUAUUACAGUUAGACCGAUAAAUGAUGCCCCAGAACUUACCCUCCCCAAUGGAAAUUUGUUUGUUUUGUUAGAACACUCCAAGAAAUGUUUGAGUGUGAAUGCAGUAAAUAUUUUAGAUGCAGAUACAAGUUUUGCAGAUCUCAGUAUUUCAGUCCUUGGAAAUCUGAACAUAGAUGCAGGAUUUCUAGAAAAUUCCAAGAGUCCUGGAAAGGCUAUCACUGACUUUUCUUAUGAGGAUUUAAAACAUGGCAAUAUUUGCUUUGUCCACACUGGUGUGAAGAACUCCAGAAUUGUACUGCGAGCAAGCGAUGGUGAGAGAGUCAGCGACACGGUUGUGUUGCGUAUCAUGGCUGUUCCUUUGGAUUACAAAUUGGUCAACAACACAGGUGUUGAGGUUCUGCAGGGUGAUACAGUUUUGAUCACACUCAGCCAUUUGGCUGUUGAAACUAAUGCCUUCCAACAAGAGCUGGAGAUACGUUAUGAGAUCACACAAUUGCCCCAAUAUGGAGAAAUUCAGAGACGCCAUGCUGGUGGAGAGUGGAAAAAAGCACACUCUUUUUCUCAGCGUUCCAUUGGACGCAGUCGUGUGAGAUAUGCUUGUAUCUUCAAAGAGAUGCAGGAAGAUAAUGCCCUAGAGCAUUUCACAUUUAAAGUUAACAUUCUCAAUAAAACAAGUGAAGAGUUUCUGUUUCCAGUUACAGUGAAAUGGUUGAGGUAUAAUCUACAGAGAAAUGUACCAUUAGUAAUUGAUAAAGCCAAGAAAGAGUACCUUAAUUCUGAUAAUCUUCUUGCUGUCAUAGAGGAAGUAGAAGUGCCAGAAAAUGAAUUUUAUUACAAGUUGCAAUCCUUGCCUGAGAGAGGAAGUAUUUUGCUUAAUAACAUACCUGUCCAAAUCAAUUCAACCUUCAGCCAACAGGAAAUAUCUGAUUAUAAAGUAGAAUAUCACUUAAUCAGUAGGCCCUACGAGGAAGCACAGGACUCAUUUAGAUUCCUCAUUUCUACAAAAUACUUGAUAUCAAAUACCUAUGUUUUCAAAAUCAACAUUAAAACAGACCCACGACACAUUAUUUUGACAAAUGAUGGCCUCACUGUUAUGGAGGGUGAAGGAAAAUUGAUAACGAUGUCAGAAUUGUUUGCACGGACCCUCAAUAAUAAGACCUUCCAUUAUAAGGUUACACGGAGUCCUCGUCAUGGGAAAUUAUCGCUUAUUAAUUUUUCAGAUUCUCCGGCAAGUAACAGUAAUCUAACUAGCUUCACAAAUAAGGAUAUAAUUGAUAGACGUCUUAUGUAUAUACAUGAUGACUCUGAGACUGUGUGUGAUGAGAUUUAUAUUACGGCAGUGGCUGUGGAGUCUGAGGCAGAGGUGGGCUCAGGCACAGAAACCAAACCCCCUUUAUCAGCAGAAAUCAAAUUUAACAUUUCUAUCCAACUGAAAAAUGAUGAGAAACCAGUACGUGUGGUGGAUCAGGUAUUUCAUGUAGUUAAGAAUGGGAAGAGACUCUUGACCCUGGCUGAUCUGUGCUAUCAUGAUCCUGAUACUGAUUCUGAUGAUGAGCAAUUGUUGUAUACCAGGCGUGGCAUUCCUAAUGGAGAUUUGGUUCUCGUCAAUGAAACCUCUCACAGACUCUAUCAGUUCAAGCAAGAAGACUUGGCCCAAAAGCGAGUCUUAUUUAUGCACCAUGGAGCAGACUAUGGUCGUUUUGUGCUGUUUGUAACUGAUGGGAAGCACUAUACAUCAUCACUGUUAGAAGUAAGUGCUUCAGAUCCCUACGUCCAUGUAGUAAACAAUACGGGUUUAUUGAUCCAGAAAGGAAGAGAAGGAAUGAUCAUGGCAGCUAACUUGAGUGUUACCACAAACCAAGACAUUAGAAAUGACCAUGAAAUUGUAUUUCAGAUCUUUUUGUUUCCCAAGUAUGGACAAGUCUUUGUAAAUAAUUCAGCACUGGGCACUUUCACUCAGCAUGAUCUCAGCCUUGGACACGUAACUUACAGACACGAUGACAGUAACAAUUUGAUUGACACAUUUAAUUUCACAGUUUAUGUAAAAGGAGUCCAGUUGGAUGCUGGAAUGAAUGUUCGAAUGUACUUAGAAAGUCAUCAGCGCCCACCUACAAUUGUACAGAACAGCAACAUUUUGGUCGAAGAAGGAAAACCAGUUAAAAUCACCAAAGGAAAAUUGCUGGUUGUUCAUGAAAACAGUUUGCCAUCAGAGAUGAAAUUCACAGUAAGGUCACCUCCUGUCUUUGGAUACUUUCGGAAGUUUACUUUAGAGGAAGGUUACCUUGGAGAAGAAGAUCCAGUUCUGAGUUUUACCCAGCAAGAUAUCAAUGAUGGUAAUAUCCAGUAUGUGCAAACUGUUUCCAACCAGCUGCACGAUCAGUUUACACUGGAUGUGACCAAUGGCAUCCAGGCAAUCAACGAAAUAGAAGUAGCUGUAGACAUCAUCCCAAAGUUCAUCCCAUUGGAAGUACAGAACUUCACAGUUGCUGAAGGUGGUUCAAGUGUCCUGGAGGAAGAUUUUCUAAAAAUUCCUACUAGCCAUUUUGUAGGGCUCAAUUGCGAAUUUUAUUUACUUGAACCACCAAAGCAUGGGCAUAUAGCUAACUCCCAUUUUCCUGGAAUGGUACUAACUAAAUUUAGCAGGAAACAGCUGGAACAAGGAUUAAUCUCUUACAUUCAUGAUGAUAGUGAACAGCUGCUUGACAAUUUCACCGUGAUUGUGAACAGCACAGAAUUGUGGAAGCAGAGCUUGCCUAAUAUGAUAUUUGUGACUAUUAGGCCGAUAAAUGAUGAGUCUCCUGUUAUAAGGAGAAACAAAGUUCUCAGGGUCUGGGUGGGCUCAGUCACUGAAAUAACGGUGAAUGAUCUCUGUGCAGAAGAUCAAGAUUCCUCUCCUGCAGAACUGAUAUACUCUGUUUCACCUCUGAAUAAUGGUCAUUUAGCUCUCAAGUCUUCUCCAAACAAAAGUAUCCUCAAUUUUACCCAAGCUCACAUUGAAGAAGGGCAGUUAAUAUUUGUCCAUAGUGGAGCCUUGUCUGGAGGCUUCAGUUUUCAGGUGACGGAUGGUUUGAACUUUGCACCUCGACAGAUUUUUAGUAUCACAGCACAGGCACUCAUAAUAUACCUACAAAAUAACAAUGGGCUGGAAGUCUUUCCAGGAUCUAGGAAACAAAUUACAUCCCACUAUCUGAAAGCCAUCACCAAUGAUGUGACUGGAGCAGAAAACAGAACUAUAAUUUUUACAGUGACAGUUUCUCCAAAGCUUGGUAAACUCAUCAGAGUACUUUCUGAUAACAGCACCCAGAAUAUUUCCAGUUUUACGCAAUCUAUGGUAGAUGAACGUUUGAUCAUCUAUGAACAUACCAGGAAGGAGAACAUUGGAUGGAAUGCACAAGAUCAUUUCACUUUUACAGUCUCUUCCCCACCAGCAGUCUUGGGUCCCCAGAUGUUCCAUAUUAAUAUUUCUUAUGAACUUAAAGGAUAUGGUCAUAGCAGUCAACUGCUUGCAAACACAGGUAUUGUUGUCCAGGAGGGAGGCAAAGUUUUAAUUGACAGAACAAACCUGGAUGGAUCAAACCUGUUGUUUAAAUUACCUGAGGCACAACGUUCUGCAUACGAAGUAUGGUACCAAGUCACAUCAUUGCCACAGCAUGGCAGAAUAGUUGUGGGAGAAAGAAACAUUACUAGAGAGAAGCCCAACUUCUCCCAAUACAUUAUUAACAAAUUUGGAAUCACCUAUGUCCAUGAUGACUCUGAAUCUCUCACUGAUCAAUUUAAUUUUGCCAUGUGGCUAAAUCAGAAGAGUAAAUCUGCAACAAAACCUAAAAAUGAUUUUUUGGAAGAGACAUUUAAUAUCACUGUUGUUCCAGUGAAUGAUCAGCCUCCAGAGCUGAAGACCAAAAAGCUGUAUUUAAAUAUUUUACAAGGAGAUACAGCAGUUCUGGGACCAGAAAACCUGAAAGUUGAAGACUUAGAUAACACUCCAGAAGAGAUCAAAUACAACAUUAUCAGCCAACCCCACAAUGGCUACCUAGCAUGGUGGACUAAUUUCAAUGACUCCAUCACUGAUUUCACACAAGCUGAUGUUGAUGCUGGCAGAGUUUGGUUCAUACAAGAUGGAAGUUCUUCCUCUGGGGUUUUCUACUUCAGUGUGACAGAUGGAAAACAUCAUUCCUUGUACAAACUCUUUUCUCUUGAAGUAACGCCCACAUCUGUCACCCUGGUCAACCUAUCUGAGGUGGUACUUCCACAAGGACAGAAUACUGUUGCUAUUACAAAUGCAUACCUUUCAGCUACAACCAAUGGAAAAAACACAGAUGUUGGCUUUGAAGUAACACAGCCAUUCAGUUAUGGGGAAUUACUGAUUAGCAAUGAACAGGUAACUAAGUUCUGGCAAGCAGAUUUAUAUGCAGGAAGACUGUUGUACAGAAUGACAGAUUUCACUGCAUCUAGAGAUGCACUGGAAUUCACAGCAUUUACCUCAGAUAGUAAUCUAACAGGACAGGUUCUGAACCUUACAGUAAAGCCUCUAGUACAAAUGAGACUUGGCCUGAGCAUUCCAAAUAAGAUAGCUUACAAGCUAAAACCGAGUGAUGUGGAUGCUACCCAGCUAGCAGUUUUAACAAACAGCAAUCCUAGAUUUGAAGUGACUGUACCUCCAGCUCACAGCAGAAUGGUCAGGGAGCCAUUAACCACUGUCAAAAGCAAAGAGCUGUUCACGUUCACACAGAGAGACAUUGAGAGUGGAGUUAUAUUUCUGGAAGCAGAUGCCAACUUGACAGGUGUUGAUAUAUUAAAUGACUCCUUCACAUUUAUACUCCAGGCAGAUGAUGUCCAGCCUGCGGCUGGUCACUUUCAUUAUGUCAUUGUGCCACAUGAUCCUUUACUGGUACAGACAUUUACACCAGAAGUGACCUUUGUGACUAGUGCAAACAUUUUAAAGAGUUACAGCAUUGCAAAGAACGAACCUUUGCUUUUUACAAAGUAUGAUAAAUACACCGAAACCCCAGGACAUACAGCGCAGACUCUGUGGCACAACCAAAAUCGUUGGGGGCAUCAGAAGGAUAGAGAUGCCUCACUUCAGGCAGAAGCUGCACAUGGCAAAUCUGCAUGGGCUGAGCCCACGAUAAAAGCAAAUUCAAAAAGCACCUUAGUUCAGCCUCAAGAUAGCAACAAUAACCGACUGUUCAUCAUAAUACCACUAAUAUCAGCUGCUGUUUUAUUCAUUGUGACUGCCAUUGCUGUUUGCAUCUUCCUCAUGUGCCAUAAGCCACAAAAGGCAAAACCUCUCAUUGCAGACAAGCCACCAACAGUUCUCAGUAGCCCACAUUUUUGCCCAGAAAGGAGCUUAACUGUUCCUAGUGUCACAGUGACACCCCUGUUAAAAGCAUCUGGCAACACAGUUACUGUCCCAUUCGUGGCUAUCAGACAAGAACAGCUUCAUCCUGUUCCAGCUGAUCCAGCUCCACAAUGUCCUCUACAAAGCAGUUGGUCCAGACUUGAGCCAGAAAUGAUCCAGCACUGUCGAACAACCAACCCAACUCUGAAACGCAAUCAGUAUUGGGUAUAGCAUGCCACUGUUGCAACUGAAAAAUGUGAUUUUUGACAAGGGGGUGUUCUUUGUCAUGUUUAUUUAUAUUGAGUUAAGAUCAAUAUCUGUUGAAAGUUCCAAUAUUAGAAAUCUGGGGAAGUCAGCAGUAGCUUUCAUGGGUUUUCAGUCUCAUCAUCUUGUCAGUCACUGUAAAGUAAAUACGAUAAGAUACA